CUUUCGUUAUAAAGGAAAAUGGCGGACAAGUACACAGCGAUUGUUGAGUUUACACUGUUUUUUUUUUUCAAAUAUAAAUCGAUUUACAAACAUCGCGCCAUCGUGACCUUAUAAUGAUGGGAGAAAUUAGUGAAAAAUUAAACUAAAUGAUAUUGGUGCAAAUAUUGCUUUGAUGAGAUACAUAAGCUGACGAAAAAGUCUUUUAAAAUGGCUACCACAGAAAAUGAAUAUUAUCUCAGAACCAUACUGUUGCUUGCUGAAGGUGGUUCCUACAUUUCAAAACAAGUAUUAUACAGAGAACUUUCUGGUGACUUAAACAAACUACUCAAACAAUUUGAACACAAGUUAAAGCACGAGUUGCACGAAAAACAAAUAGAGAAAUUAUUUCCACGAAAUGGAAACACUUCUGUUGACACAUGGGACCUUCAAAUGCUAAUUAUAGUAGUAUUAAGACUGUUUCAUAACACUCUUAGGUAUGAAGACAAAAGAAAUUUACAAUAUAUAAAAAUGUUGCGGCAUGAAGUUCAAGCACACAGUCCUUCAGUAACACUUGACGAUGUUCAGUAUGAGAAUAUCAAGGACCAGCUUACUGAUGCAUUGACCAGUAUAGCUUCGGGCUUUGGAGAAAAUGUGCAAAAAGAAUGCAGGUCAUUUAUCAACAAGUACACAUCUGGGCCUCUCGAUGUAAUGUCCGCUAGAGAGUGUCUGAAGCAAUUGCAAAAUAAUGAUGUAUUGUUUAAACAAGUGUUGGAAAAGGUCGAAAGUUCUAAAACCGACAUAUGUACUCGCUUAAAUGCCACAGAGAAGAGUCUGUCGGACGAUGUCAAGAAUGUCAGUCAACAGGUGACAGAUCUUGAAAAGACGUUGAUUGAGCAACUGCAAAGACUAGAUGCAGGAACUUACAGGAAGAAAAUCAAAGUUGGUAUGCAUGUGGAAUUAUCGCUAGGUGGCCCAACAGAAGAGUGGAUCCUUCUGAUGGAGAGAACACUGAAUGAUGUCUUUAAUGAAGCAUAUAAAACGUCUGGGGGAAAAUUUGAAGAUAUCAAGAAAAAAGUAGAGGAAUUACUCGAAGAUAUCAAACAAAACACAACAAUCAGUUUCAAAGGCUCAAAAACGAUGUGCAUCAUUCUUAUGUUUGAAUGCUUUGCAUACUCUGGGCUAUUGGAUUUUCUCCAGUAUCUUACGAGUCAGAAAUACCAACGUCGGCUUAGUGCUUUAACAGAAACAUUGUCGACGCAUUUUAAAGUUGAUUUUCCAGUAACGGCUACUUCUACAAUAUCACCUUCAUGCUUGCAAAAUGCGUUAGACGAUUUAGCUGAGCACGAACGGGAAAGACGUGAGGCUGAAAAAUGUCAAGUUAAUCCCAAUGGUGAAUACAAGAAGUCAUUAAAGCUGGCGAUGGAAUGUUCAUCUGUAGAAGACUUGGAAUAUCUCUGGAACAUGUUUCAACAGGGUGGUGCUGCACAUUACCUGGAUAGAAUAGCUGAUAUGCUGACUGAAUAUUCUGGAGAAAGAAUAACGUUGUCAUCGUCUAUAGAUCUGGAAGCAUUCAAAGAAGCACUUGAAGAUACAGUUAAGAGUGAUGCUGGUGCAGAUCGUGGAACAAGCAAAAAUACAGUUAGGAGUGAUGCUGGUGCAGAUUGUGGAACAAGCAAAAAUACAGAAGCAGGCGCUGUUGAUAUGCUAGACAAAUCAGAUGAACAGUUUAUUUGCUUUUAUGUAGAAGACUAUCAGGAAGAGGAAACUGUCUGCCACAAAUCCUCUCAAAUGAUAGAAAACUUAGCUCAGUUUGAUGCUUCAUUUGAAAACAUUCGAAGAGUGUUUGUCUACAAAUAUCCACUCACACCAUUUUCACUUUUAAACUUUUUGUUGUACGGUACGUUUAUCGUUUUUGAAACAAAGAAAUGGUGGUGGUCCAUAGAAAAAACUUCUGAUGGAAUAACAAUUCAAAGAAGUAAAUUUCGUGAUGACAUACUGAAACGGUACAGACAUACCACAAGAAAACAUGGUAACACACUAGAGAAAAGUACUGAAGGAUAUUCGAGUAUAAUUGAAUUGAUGAAUUGGCUGAAUAGGACUGGUGAGCUGAAUAAAAAAUACAAUUAUCUGACAAGUAAUUGCACAACAUUUGCAAAUGUUGUGUUGGAUUUUGUUACAAUUCCAAGGCCACAAAAGAAAAGUGGAGUAGAUCAAACUUCGGGUAACAUAUGCAAGUGGUGACGAGUGGCAAGUACACGCUUGCUCCUUGGUGGACUCGAAAAAACAAUGAUUUGCAUGAACUAUAUUUCUGAGUGCAAAAUAUUUUUCGCAAAGAAAUUUUUGGCAAAAGUAUAUGCUAAUGAGUUGUAUCUGCUUUGAAGGAGGAAACAACGUCAUUAAUAUUAAAGAUGUAACUUUCGAUUUCGGGUAUACGUCUAAAGGUUGUGAAAUGAAAGUAAAAAUUCUUCACAAGUGUUCAGUAUUCAGUAAAAAAUGCUAAUUCUAUAAGUCAACUGUAUUCAAAAGUACGUAGUUGUUCCAAGAAAGAUCACCAAUGUUAACCGCUUUAUGAUAUUGUUUUGCAAAAGAGAUUUUAUCAGAAUAAAAAGAAUAUUCUUGACCUUAUAGGCUUUUCAUCUGUGAGUGCCGAUAUUCAUAUCCAGGCUUUAAACAGAUGCAGGAUUGAUCUACAUCAUACCGAUGAAGAUUUAGCGCUACGUGAAUUCUCUUUGGAUCUUUUAAUGGUUUCAUUUAUGUAUCCAUAUUCGUUUAAGUCUUUUAUUCAUUCUAUAUUUUCGAAGAUAUAUAGCAUUUAAAUGGUUAUUUAAUAUGAACAAACGCCGUAAGGUAUAUUCUAAAUUAAGAUGUUUGGUAUUUUAAUGGAUGGAAGCUAAACAAGUUGUUUGUCAAUAUUAUUCAAAUACGACAGUGCCGAAUUUUGGAACUCUGUGCAAAUAAUUUAUCUAUCCCUAGUGCUCUUUCAUUAUUCUGUCUGAAUUUUAAAACAUUUCUAAUUAUUCUUAAUAUUGUUCAAAAUAUGUAUAAUAAACAGUUUAGAGUGGAGUCUGUUUUAGAUUUAGUUUAACUGUUAUAGUAUUCCGAAUUGUAAGAAUAUGCCAGAACAAAACACACAUCACUCUAGAUUUCUGAUGCAGAAACGUUCUUGGUCUGUUUGGUCCUUGAGAUGCCAAACUCAUAGGUUUUAGAAAUAAGUUAAAGAGCAAUUUCUUUCUACAAGGCUGACUAUUUUUUAACUUCAGUAUUUUUGUUAUACAGUUAAAAUUUAUAAUUGUUUGUUUUGUUGCCAAUGUCGGAUGUAAAGUGCUAUUGAACGUAUUGUAUUACAGGAGAGUAUUGCUUUGUAAAUGUAGUAUUAUAUCCAUGUAAAUGAGCUUAUAAAAUUAUAACGCUGGUUACUGGAAAAUAUUUGACCGUUGAUGAAAUUAUUAUAAUAAUUGUUUCUAUGACUACAAAGGUUAUGUUUGACCAUAAGUUUCUGAAACAGAAAUAAUUUUCGUUGCAGUGAUUGUGAAUUAAUUAUGAUGCUUAUUACGUGUAUUUUGUUUGUUUGUUCUGUGGAUCAUAAAGUAGAAAAUCUUUGAAAAAGACAUUAACAUACGAGGGGCUUUCCAAAAGCUAUGAUCUUAUUGCUCAUUUCAACAUAUGACCUUUAGUUUUGAUCAUCUGUGGUAUUGAACAAGAGAAUAUUAAAUGUAUGUAUUGAAAUGAAAUGAUGUGCACAGGUAAUAUAACUUCAGAUGUGGUCGGUUGGAAUUGUUUCAUUAUAUUUCCUGUUUUUUACUAUAAAGCAAAAUUACUAUUUUUAC